AUGCUCAAGAAACUUCCAGAACAAGAUAAAGGAGAGUUCAAGCACAUUAACCAAGGCAAUAUUAUCCUACGGCUUAGAGAUCACGAGAAGCUUCCAUGGAAGUUGGUGGAAUCAAGGUUCGCGACUGAGACAGGACUGCAUAGAGCCUGGAUGUCCUUGGCGCACGAAUACUAUUCGAUUCGCAACCAAAGUCAGCAUGCUUCAAUGCCAGAGGAUGCACAGGGAUCUCCAAUGCUUUGGGCUUUGCCACCGCAAUUGUUCUGGGCUAUGACGGGCCAAAGAAAGGAAGAGGGUGCAAGCUGGUCAGAAAUCACUAAGUUCAUGCACGAAGUUGGUGAGAAAGGGAGCGGAUCUGGGAUUCGUUCGAGAUUUAUGGCUACUCAAACAUACUUCGGCAUGUCGGUUGGCAAGCUGCGUGGGGAUGAGCCAUGGCUGCUUGAGAUACUGUCAACACCUUGGCUCCUGUGGCUGAAGGACCGUGAAGAGAUUUGGGCAGACCAAUUCCCAUGGCUAGCUGUGGCAUGGGAUGCCACCUCAAGCGCCGCAGAUGACGGUUCGGACCGGUGGCGUGCUUGGCGGAUAUACAACAAUGACUGGCUUUGGCAGUGGUCAAUCUGGGGCAAGACCGAGAUGUCCCAGGACCUCGCUGAUGAUUGGCUAACAAAGCUAAUCCAGUAUGAAGCGGACCCCAUGUUCAAACAACCUGCUGGAGAUCAAGUGCGGAGGGAUUGGCUUCUUGUUUUCCACGCUUUAGGUGUCCCUUGGUCGCAUAGAAGCCACUUCUUCGCAGAUAGGGCGGGCUUGCGCCGCGACUCAAAUCAGCUUAUGAAGACCAUGACGGGCACUCCCAGCAAAAUGACCACAACGCUGGAGCAACAUGAUCUGGAGCAGCUUUUGCAGCUCGGGGGCAAAAGAACAGGAAAAAAGAAACCCAUCUACGAAGAACUCGGGCUGAAGUACGGGCUCACUCACAGGCAACUACACAGUAUCUACACAAAAGAGAAAAAGGAACGGGUGAAUGCGUCUCCUACGAUGGAGAACAGUCCCGAGCAGGACGAAGCCAAGACAGUCCUACACGAGGACAGCAUACGGGAUCCUGUCUCCCCACAAGAGCAAAAGAUUGUCGACCCAGCCAUCAUAGAGUCACCAGACUCACCAACAAGUGUGCCCGCAACAACAGCCAACAUCGAACAAGAAGACCUGGACUACACUCAAAGCAAUGCAAAUUUUCCACACGAACCAGUUCCCGAGUUGGACGAUGAUCUCAAAGACCUGUCAUCAGUGCCUGUGACAACACUCAACAUCAAACAAGAAAGCCUGGACCAUACUCAAAGCGGCGCAUAUUCUCCAUACGAACCAGUUCCCAAGUUAGAAGGUGGUCUUGCAGUCAGUAUUGACAUGUUAGAAGGUGUGCAAGGUUUUCCCGGCCAAAUGUUCUCCAUGCCGUCCCAAAAGCAUGAAGACAUCAAAGCUUCUUUGGACGAUACCAUUGAGUGUAGUGUUGGCGUAUCUCAGCCUUUGACUGGCCAUGACGGUGGUGUUACUUGUGAAGAUGGCAUCCAAAAACGAGAAGGUUCUGCUUUUCUGGGGCCCGACCAGCCGGUGUCAACCUAUCCUGAGACCUUCUCGAGUCUAGGUCUUGAUCAGAGCAAAGAAGCGCCCAGCUCCUUCGACUCUGCGAGGAACAGAAGGUCUUCGAGGAACAUAGGGAGGAAGCGAUAUUUCGAGGAGGUCGAGGAAUAGCCGUAGCAGCAGGAAGACGACAGCUCAG